AUGAGCUUUCAUCACCGCAACAUAGCCGGCGGAUUCGGUAGCAAAGGUCGCGGAGGCGGCGGUUUCAGGGUUGGCAGGGACGGCGGAGGCCGUGGCGGACGCGGCGGAGGUGGCCACUUUGGUGUGAUUUUGUUUAUUUUCUGGGGAGCAGCAGGUGGAAGAGGUGGCGGACAUGGGGGUGGAAGAGGAGGUGGUAGAGGUGGUGGGCGUGGUGGAGGUUCUUUCCGUGGUAGGGGUGCUCCAAGAGGUGGCAGAGGUGGUGGUUUUCGUGGUGGUGGUGGGCGUGACGGUGGUUUUGGUAGGGGCCGAGGGAGAUCAUAG